UCGGGAGGCCGGGAGGCGAUCUAGCGGCAGUUGCGUCCGGUCCGCGCGGGAGGUGCGGCCGGCUGUGGACGGCCCCGGCUGCAGGCUCCACCUCCUGCCGGUCCAGCCUUUACCCCUCCACCCUCCACCCCUCCUCGGCUCGGCUCGGCUCUGCAAAUCGAAGGCUUCCCCAAGCAGCUUAGGAGCGGCGGCGGGCGCAGCGAAGGCGGCGGGAGGAGCGCAGCCGGCGGGCCGCGCCGAGCCCUCGGGCAGCAGCGGCGGCAUCGCUCGAGCAACCCCGGAGGCGCCGCGAAGCCCGGCGCGCCCUAGCUCGCUAGGAGCGCAGUGAGGCCGGGGCUGCAGCUGGGCGAGGGGGAGGAAAGUGCGCGCGUGUGUGCGAGAGUGUGGGGGGCGACGGUCUCGAAUCCGAGCGGAGGAGAGGGCAGGGGAACCGGGGCGCGGCCCCCGGGCGCCCCCGCCGCUCCCCGAGGUUUUCCCGCGGCGGCGCCCGCUCCCCGGCGCCCCUCACCAUGGACGUGCGCCGAGUUGGGACGCGCCUCGGCAGCAGCGCGCGGGUAACUGCCCGGCCCUGGGGGUGCGCGGGCGCGCGCGCGGGGAUGGCGAGGUAGGAUGGCCGCGCAGCGCGACCCCUGCCGCCCCAACCCAGCGGCCGCCGGGCGGUGCAGCUGACUCGCCGGAGCGCACAGGGGUGUGGGCGGAGGCGGCCCCGCCGCGCCCGCGCCUUCGGGAGUCGCUUUGCCUCUUCCACCCACUCGCACCUGCCACCGCGCGGAUACCAUGUCGAAGGCGGCCGGAGGUACGGCGGCGGCGGCGGCGGAAAGUUGUCCCUCAGCCUCUGCCGGCCCGCCCGCCGCCACCGCCGCGGAGGACCUGUCCAAAGUGUCGGACGAGGAGCUGCUGCAGUGGAGCAAGGAGGAGCUGAUCCGCAGCCUGCGGCGCGCCGAGGCCGAGAAGGUGAGCGCGAUGCUGGACCACAGCAACCUCAUCCGCGAGGUGAACCGCCGCCUGCAGCUGCACCUCGGCGAGAUCCGCGGGCUCAAGGAUAUCAACCAGAAACUCCAGGAGGACAACCAGGAGCUGAGGGACCUCUGCUGUUUCCUGGAUGAUGACCGGCAGAAAGGCAAGAGGGUGUCCCGCGAGUGGCAGAGACUGGGCCGCUACACGGCUGGGGUGAUGCACAAGGAAGUGGCCUUAUACCUGCAGAAGCUGAAGGAGCUGGAGGUGAAGCAGGAGGAGGUGGUGAAGGAGAACAUGGAGCUCAAGGAGCUCUGCGUGCUGCUCGACGAGGAGAAGGGCGCAGGCUGCGCGGGCAGCCGCUGCUCCAUCGACAGCCAGGCCAGCCUGUGCCAGCUCGCCGCCUCCACGGCGCCCUACGUGCGGGACGUGGGCGACGGCAGCAGCACCUCCAGCACGGGCAGCACCGACAGCCCCGACCACCACAAGCACCACGCGAGCAGUGGCAGCCCGGAGCACCUGCAGAAGCCCCGGGCCGAGGGCAGCCCGGAGCACGCCAAGCACCGGAGCACCAGCCCCGAGCAUCUACAGAAACCCAGAGCCUCCGGGACCCCGGAUCACCCAAAAGCACUCAAAGGACCCAGCCCCGAGCACCACAAACCCUCGUGCAAGGGCAGCCCCGAGCAGCAAAGGCACCCGCACCCCGGGAGCAGCCCCGAGACGCUGCCCAAGCACGUGCUGAGCGGGAGCCCGGAACACUUGCAGAAGCACAGGCCCGGGGGCAGCCCUGAACACGCCAGGCACAGCGGAGGGAGCCCCGAGCAUCUCCAGAAACACGCCCUCGGUGGGAGCCUGGAGCAUCUACCCAGAGCCAGGGGCACCAGCCCUGAGCACCUCAAACAACAUUUCGGGGGGAGCCCCGAUCACAAACAUGUGGGCGGAGGAGGCGGAGGCAGCGGCGGAGGCAGCCGGGAGGGUACCCUCCGAAGGCAGGCGCCCGAGGACGUGUCACCCCAUCACCGGAGUGUCUACAGUGGCAUGAACGGUGGGUCAGUACGUGCUGGGGAGCCGUUUUGGCUGGGGCGACUCGCUAGAGAGUUCUGAACCGUGGAGGGCUUCCCAGCCACCCGAGGAAGU